AUGAGUGACGAAGAAGGAUACUAUGAUGAUGAAGGAUAUGAUGAUUAAGAAUACUAUGAUGAGGAAGAGUAUCAACAUGAUGAAAUGGAUGAAUAAAGUGAUUUACACCUAAAAAUGACUUAAAAAAAAAGUAGCAAAAAAUAUAAAUCAGGUGAAGAUACUUAAGAAUGUACUUUGACUAAAGGAUUAUCUGCAAAGUGGGAAAGUAAGCGUUUUAAAAAUGAAGAAGGUCAAGCAUUCAUUCUUUAGAGUGAAAUCUUUGACUAAAUGAUGAUCAAAAUUAAGGAAGAAGUUGUAGAACUUGUUUGUAUGGACAUAGAUGAUUGUAUUUUGAUUUUCCAUGAGUUUGGAUGGUCGAUGUAAAAACUAUAAAAUAAGUACUUUCCUGAUUAAGAAAAAGUCUUUAAGAAUCUAGGCUUUGACAGGGAAGAGAAAUAUUACGAAGAUUGUAGAAAGAAAGGAGAGAUCAAAGAGAUAUUUAGAAAGGGAAGCGAUGAAUUAUGUAAUUUGUGCUUCUGUGAGAGCGAAGUAGUUGCAUCUUGCAAGCAAGGUCAUACCUUUUGCACAGAUUGCUGGAAAGGGUUUAUAGAAUAAAAGUUAAAGGAAAAAAACCCAUUCUUCCGUUGCAUGAUGGAAGGAUGUAAUAGCUAUAUUCGCCAUUCUUUCAUCAUUAAUGUUUUAUCUUAAGAUGAAAAUAAUUCUAAAUUAAAAGAUAAUUACAAGAAAUUUUUAGGUAUGUCUUAUGUUGAAGAAAACAAGAAUAUUUAGUAUUGUCCAGGUAAUAAUUGUGAGUAUGCUGCUGAAAAAAUGGAUGGUGUUUCUGUCAAUUAAGUUAAAUGUCUUUGUGGUACAUCUUUCUGCUUUAAAUGCCAGCAAAAUAAUCAUUAUCCUUGUACAUGCAAAUAGCAUCGUGAGUUCAAUGAAAUGAUGGGUAGAGACGAUGCAAACUUAUUAUGGAUUAUCCAAAAUGCUAAGUUAUGUCCUUUUUGUAAUAGAGCUGUUGAGCGUUCGAUGGGUUGUAAUUAUAUUCGCUGCUCUCCUCCUUGUAAUAAAUCGUUUUGCUAUGUUUGUGAAUAGCCUUGGUAAGAUGAUGCUGAUGGUACUCAUCACAAAUCUCCUCAUAUGAACUGUAAUAACUACACAGGAGCCUAGAAUGCUGACAAAGAAAAGCUUACCGAUAAAGAAAAGCAAUAAAAAAUGCUUGAAAAAUGUAGUUUUUAUGUCGGCAAAUUCAAAGAUUGUUUAAGAUCAAUUGAGGUUAUUAAGAAAAAGAAAAACGAAUUAGUCCAGCCAACUCGUGAAACUCUUUGUAAAUAGCUAUAGAUUACCUUCCACGAUUCACAGUUUUUGGAGGAUGGAUUUAAUAUUUUGCUUGAUUCUCGUUAAACAUUACAGUGGUCUUAUGCCUUCGCAUACUUCUUUACUCCAGAGUAAGUUAAAUCAAAAGUACUUUUUGAAGAUCUGUAAAUGCAAUUCGCAGGAUUCUGUGAGAGUUUAGCCAUUUUGCUCUCCAGUGAUUUUAUAGACUAUACAAAGGAGAUUAAAAAUACUGACUUUUCUUCUAUAUUUUCACCUAAUAUUCUUACAAAAUAUCAAGAUUUUAAGAACAAAAUCAGUAAAUUAUCAAACGCUAUUAAAACUAACUAGAACUCACUACUAGAAUCAGUUGCAAGUGGAACUGUUUACAUAGAUUGA